CUCUCCCCAUCUCUUCUAGAAAACAAUGAACCUUUUCUUUUCUAAUGUUUCUUCUGCAUGCAUCUUUACAUGAAGCUUUGUAAUUUGUUGAAUUUGCACUGAAAAUAAAAGAUUACGUAAAACCAAUACUAAAAAACCCUGAAUGCUCUGAUGAUAUGUUUGGUCGUUUUACUGUUGUGUAUAGCCACACAAUGGGGUUUAGAGAAGUAUGGGUGUUGUGCUUGUCAAUCAUGCUUGCAGCUUCAGCUGCUGCUGUGGAUCAACAGACCUACAUUGUUCACAUGGACACCACCAAGAUGGUGGCCACCACCAGCCCUGAACAAUGGUACUCAGCCAUGAUUCAUUCAGUCAAUAAAAUCUCAUCUCUACACCAAGAUGAAGAAGAAGCGUCAAAUGCUGCUGAGAUUCUCUACGUCUACAAAACUGCUAUUUCAGGUUUUGCUGCCAAACUCACCACCAAAAAGCUUCAUUCUUUAAGUAAGAUCCCAGGCUUUCUGGCCGCCACUCCUGAUGAACUACUACAGCUACACACCACCCACUCCCCUCAGUUUCUGGGCCUACACAGAGAGCAUGGCCUUUGGAAUUCUUCAAACUCAGCUUCUGAUAUAAUUAUUGGUUUGAUUGAUUCUGGCAUUUGGCCUGAGCAUAUAAGUUUUCAGGACAAGGGUCUGCCCCCAGUGCCUAAAAAAUGGAAAGGCGCUUGUGAAGCAGGCCCAAAGUUCUCACCUUCAAAUUGUAACAAAAAGCUCGUUGGAGCAAGAGCCUAUAUUGAUGGCUACGAGGCCAUUGUCGGUCGAUUGAACGUAACGGGAACGUUUCGAUCGCCUCGAGACUCGAAUGGGCAUGGCACACACACAGCGUCGACUGCUGCUGGAAAUAUUGUGAACAAAGCAAGCCUCUAUAGCCAAGGCAAGGGGGUAGCCACUGGCAUCAGUUUCACUUCAAGGAUCGCAGCGUACAAAGCAUGUUGGCCAAUGGGGUGUGCCAAUGCCGAUAUUUUGGCAGCCAUGGACCGUGCAGUCGCUGAUGGAGUUGACAUUUUAUCGCUCUCUUUAGGCGGUGGUGUUACUGCUUUUUACAAAGACAAUAUCGCCAUAGCUGCAUUUGGUGCUGUUCAAAAUGGAGUUUUUGUGUCAUGUUCAGCUGGUAAUUUUGGCUCAUUAUUUCGCUCAGCUGUAAGCAAUGCAGCGCCAUGGAUCAUGACAGUCGCUGCUAGCUACACUGAUAGAACAUUCCCAACCACUGUAAAGCUUGGAAAUGGACAAGUUUUCGAAGGCUCUUCUUUGUACUCUGGACAGAACACAGCUGAACUCCCACUUGUUUAUAACAACACUGUAGGUGGCCAAGAAGCAAAUCUUUGCACGCCUGGUUCACUUGUCCCAGCAAUGGUGAAGGGCAAAAUUGUGGUGUGUGGACGAGGCAAAAACCCGAGAGUUGCCAAAGGAGAGCAGGUCAAAUUAGCAGGAGGAGCUGGGAUGAUUCUGAUCAACACACAACUUGAUGGCGAGGAGCUUUUUGCAGAGCCUCAUGUUCUCCCAGCAACUUCUCUCGGAGCUUCAGCUACCAAAGCCAUGUUGGACUAUAUAGCUUCCUCCAAGAAUCAACCAACAGCUUCCAUCGGGUUCCAGGGGACUAAAUAUGGAAGCAGAGCACCUAAAGUGGCUGCCUUUUCUUCUCGAGGGCCGAGCUUAAUUGGACCGGAUGUUAUAAAGCCAGACGUAACUGCACCUGGUGUUAACAUAUUAGCUGCUUGGCCACCCAUUGUGAGCCCAAGUGAGCUUGAGUUUGAUAAAAGAAGAGUGUUGUUCAAUAUCAUUUCAGGGACUUCUAUGUCUUGCCCUCAUGUUAGCGGCUUAGCUGCAUUAAUCAAAUCGGCACACAACAACUGGUCGCCUGCUGCCAUUAAAUCUGCGCUCAUGACAACAGCUUACACUACUGACAACAAAAUGAGUCCCAUUUCAGAUGUCAGCCACCCCAACGGCGAACCGGCGGAUCCAUUUGCGAUUGGCUCCGGCCAUGUCGAUCCCGAGAAAGCUUCCGAUCCCGGACUCGUCUACGAUAUCGCACCCGGAGACUACCUAAACUACUUAUGUAGCUUGAACUAUAGUUCAACACAAAUUGGUCUACUUUCAAAAGGGAAUUUCAGUUGCCCAUCAAAAAGAGAAGUUGUUGAGCCAGGGGACUUGAACUACCCUUCAUUCUCAGUGAUUAUGAAGGCCAAAAAUGUUAGCGUUACAUUGAAAAGAACAGUCACAAACGUUGGUUACCCAAUGAGUGAUUACAGUGUCCAAAUCAACAAUCCAAAAGGAGUGGAAAUGAUUGUGAAGCCGAAGAGGUUGAGUUUUGAGAGAUCAGGAGAGAAGUUGAGUUACAAAGUGAGUUUUGUUGCAUUGGAAGAAGCAGAAGAUUUGGGUGAGUUUUCGUUUGGAUCUGUUGUUUGGGUGUCGGGGAAGUAUCGUGUAAGAAGUCCUGUAGCAGUAACCUGGCAGUAGACAAAGGGAGCUGAGUUUGGAGUGCAUUUGCUACGUAUUUGAAAACAUCUGACGCUUAAGUUAUCUAAAUAAGAAUCAAAUCUCAAAAACUUUACGUUCUUCUGGUUCUUCGGUUGUGAGUGAU